CUCGUUCCGGGAAAAGGUGGGCUUUUGGAGGAAUGUCGCCUCAACCGCCAUUUCUGCCUCCUCUGCUUCUUCUGCUUCUUCUUCUGGUUUCAGUCCACCUUCUACUCUUACUACGUCGCCAACUUCACCAGCUCCUAUACUAAUAUGUCAGUGGCAAUCGGUUCAACAUGAUUGAUGUAAUAACUCCUGCUUCCUACGUAGACCUCGAAUCUCUCAAGUUCAAAAUAUCCUCCAUCUUGGUGAUCUACGAUAAUCUCUUUGUCGCUCUCAACAAUGGUUCAAUCUACAUAUUUGAUCUUAAUUCUUCUUAUGGCAGUGUAUUUCCAGACUUCGACGCCUCCAACGACACCCAGAACUCUAUAAAUCCUGAUGCCAGCUACACUCAAAAUGCUGGUGAUAUCGACAAUGACAACAAAAAUGACGACGACGAGCUCAAUAAACAAGUCACUUUGCAGUCAAUAAAUUCAUCCAGCAAUUUAAGUCCCAUUUUGAACCCAACCUCAAGAAGAAACUCUUUUAUUUCAAACACAACCUCAAAGGCUGCUUUCAAUAACAAUUUAACUCCUACCACCUCAAAUGAUUUGUCUAAUAGUAACAAAAACUUGAAUAAUAAACCUUCGAACGGUAAUUUAAAUAAAGAUAAUACAAACUUGAAAUGGUUUAAUUUCAAAAAUUUAAACAAAUUGAAAUUAUCGCAAAAAUUUGAAAAUAUAUCAAAAAAACCGAUAGAUCAAUUGGACUUCUUGCCAGACAAUAACUACCUAUUCAUUUUGUCUGACAACAUAAUCUCAAUCUAUCUCUACAUCAACAUCAUCGCAAAUAACAGCAACAGCAAUAAUCCAAGUGACACUAUUAAUCAAAAUCAAAUUGAUUUGAAAUUUUUAGAUUCAAUUAAAUCUUCAAAGAAUGCUCCUUUCUUUAAAGUUUCAAGUGCUUUGAAAAACAAUUUGCUAAUCAAUUCUCCCAUAGAAAGACCAAUAGACUCGAAUUUAUUAUUUGAUAACCACUCAACUUCUUCAAUCCACAUAAAUUCUCAUAAUAAUCACAACAACAAUCCAACACAUAAUAACACCAAUAUUAACAAUUUGAAUCAAAGAAGAUCUUCGUUCUCAUACAAUUCCUCCAUAUCUCCAUCCAAUUCCUUAACUUCUAUAAACUCCUUGCUUAAUAACAAAUCAAGAAACAACUCUGUAUCAAGCUCCAAAACCUCCAUCUAUUCUUUUGCCUCAAAUCAAACUAAUCCUAUUUUCUAUUCUAAAGAUAAAAAUGAUAAAGUUCCAAAUAGUCUUUAUUCUAAUCCAUCAAUCGCUUCAUCCACUUUAUCUUUAAACCUGAAUUUUGAUCCCAAUUUAAACGAUAUUGACCAAAUCAAAAAAAUCAAUAAAAAAUCAACUCUCCUCAAUAACAAUAAAAAUAUUGAUUAUAACAAUAACAAUAAUAUCUCAAAAAGUAGAAAAGUCAGUAGAUCUUUAACUAAUCAUACUAAUGACUCCUUAAAUUAUCAGGUUUCUUAUUUAGUCUAUAACGUUAGAAGAAAAUUAUUUAUUCACUCCUUUAACAAUACCAAUAACAACAAUAAUCUCAACAACAACAAUAAUAACAUAAAUAUCAAUAAUAACUUAAUUAUCAAUAGCCUUAACCCAGACAUCCUCGAUGAUCCAAAUAAUAUAGACUUUAUAUACGAUAAUAAUAACAUCCUCAAUAAUAAUAACUUUAAUGAUUCAAAUUCAAUUGCAAAUUCAAUCUCCCAAUCCAUUUCCAACUUCAACUCAAAUUCCUUUUUAAAUGAAUUGACUUUGACUGACAAAUGUAAAGCAAUUGAAUUUAUAUCUCCCUCAAAGAUUUUAAUUGCCCUAUCAAACGAUUAUCAAAUUAUCAACUUGAAAAAUUUUAAAAUCAAAUCAAUUAAUAAUUACAACGCAAACUCGAUACUAGGAAACUUGGCCUCAAACCAAAACAAUUUAAAUCUAAAUACUAACACUUUCAAUUAUUUUUUCUCAAACUAUCAACCAACUUACCAUUUAGCUAAAAUCUCAAGAAAGAGAACUUUGAUUUCAAAGGAUAUCAACACUUUUAAAAUCAAUAAUAAUACUGGAAAUUUUAUUAAAAACUCAAAUUUCCUACUAAAUAAUAUUCCUCAAAUUUUAAAGUUUUUUUUUCCCUAUUUAAUCUUAAUUCACUUGAGAAAUCUUGAAAUUAGAGAUUGUGAUAAUGGCUUUUUAAUUCAAUCAAUUCCAAUUCAAAAUAUCAAUAACUUAUUUAUUGAUAACUUCAAAAAAUUGAUUUUUUUCAGCUCAAAUCAUAAUAAUAAACUUUACAUUUGUUUUUUCAAAAACUUUAUCAAUCAAUUAAAUCAACUCGAAAAGAGAAACCAUCUUAACGAAGCAAUCAAUUUAACCAUCCAAUUACCUUUAGAGAUUUUGCCUGAUAAAAUUCAAAGAUUAAGACAAUUACAAAUUAAAAAAGCUCAGAAACUAUUUAACGAUAGCAAAUUUCAAGAAUCGAUGCUAAUUUUUAGUGAAUAUUUAGCUCCUCCAUCCUUAAUUAUUCCUUUGUUUCCAUCUUUCAUCACUAUCCCCAUCAAUAAUGAUGGUAAUAAUAAUGAUAAUAAAAAUAAAAAUAAAAAUAAAAAUAAUAAAAAUAGUAAAAAUGAGCAUUACUCUUCAAAUAUCCCAAUUCCUGACAAUUUCAAUUUAAAUAUCAAUUUAAGUAAUCAAAAUGCUUUAAAUUCAAUUAAAAUCGAAUCUUUGUCUAUUAUUCCCCAAAAAUAUCAUUCAAACGUAAUUAAUGACAAUAUGAACAAUGACAAUUAUUCAAUAAAAUCUAGUUAUUACCCUUCGUCCCCAUUAAAGAAUUCAUACACUGCUUCGAAUAACGCCAAUAUUAUUAUCAACAGUCCUAAUAAUUCUAGCACCGUUUAUAAUUCACCCAACAUAAAUACAAAACCAAUAGUUUCAUCACCUCUAGUAAAUUCAUCAAGAGUUGCAACAACAGCUAUGAAGACUUCAUUGAGUAAUGAUAAUAUCCAUAAUCUUCAUCAAAGCUAUAUGGAACAUUUGCAUAAUAAAAGUUCGAAUUAUUACAAUAAUUACAGUAAUAAAGAUUUAUCAAGUGAUAAUAAGAGCAUUUAUAGUGUUAAAUCAUCAAUGUCAAAUUUAAAUUCAAACACAUUUAUCAAUUCAAGAAGAAAUAGUUUAUCAAUAAAACCGAAUUAUUUAAUACUAAACACUCAAACAAAGAAAUUGUUAAAGGCUAUCAGAUAUUUGUUGCCAUAUUUGGCAGAUACUAGAAGAAAAAUUAAUAAACUAAUUAACGAAACAUAUAAUGAGAAAGAUGAAAACAGUAAUACCAUUGAUGACGAUGACGAUGAUGAUGGAAAUGAAGAUAAAUUUGAGUUUAAUCAGUAUGAAGAAUUAUCAAGUAUAUUAUGGAAGGGCAUUCAAAUACCGAAGAAUAUAUUUGGGGAUUUAAAGGUAUCAGCCGAGUUGGUUGAUACUACAUUAUUUAAAUGUUAUAUAAUAUCUUCACCAAAAUUGAUUGGGCCAUUAGUUCGAAUCAAGAAUUAUUGUAAUUUGAAUAUUGUUGAAAAGGAAUUAAUACAUAAAAAGAUGUUUAAAGAAUUAAUUGAAUUUUAUUAUGGUAAGAAAUUUCACGAAAAAGCAUUAAAUUUGCUCGAGAAAUUAGGAAAAGGAGAGUCAAUUAAAAAUACAGAUGAAACAAUUAUAGAUGAUUUUGAUCAGGAUGAAGGUAUUAUUGAUAGUUGUGAUAUUGAAGAUGAUCAAAAAGAUGAUAAAAAUAAAGACAAAAAUAAGGAUAAUGAUAAAGAAAAUGAUUACAUUUAUACCCCAAUGUUAGUACUCAAUAAUUAUAAUUAUUUGAAUAAUAAAUUAUUAAAAGGACCAAUUAAUACUAUAAAUUAUUUGAAAAAAUUGAAUAAUGAUUAUAUUGAAUUGAUAUUUAAAUAUAGUAAGUGGCCAAUAACGAUUAGUGAAAAGAAAGGAAUGAGUAUUUUUUUGGAAGAUUCUAUUGAAAGUGAAACAUUGAAUAGAUUUAAAGUGAUUGAAUAUUUAUUGAAUAAUUUUAAUAAAAAGUUAGGAAUAAAAUAUUUAGAACAUGCUAUUGAUAAUUUGAAUGACAAAAGUAGCAAGCUACAUAAUAAAUUGAUUGAAUUGUACAUUGGAAUUAUAUUGGAAGAAGAUGAAAAGGAGAUUAAGAAAGCUAAACAAGCUGUUGAUAGUGAAAUUGCUACAAUUGAUAAUGACAAUAAAGAAAAAACUAUCAAGGAAAACAAGGAUAAUAAGGAGCAAAAAGACAAUAAUAACUUCUUGAGCAACAGUGAUACGUUGUCCGGAUAUAGUGGUAAUGGAGAUGAUAGUGAUGAUGAAGAAGAAAAAGUUGAGAAGGUAGGAGAAGAGGUGUUUAAGAAAUUACUGAAAUUUCUCAAAAUAAGUAAUUAUUAUGAACCUAGAAAGAUAUUAAUGUUACUACCUAAUGAAAGGAAAUUUUUGAUAAUGAAGACAUUUGUUUAUAAGAAAAUUGGGGAAGAUGUUAAAGUGUUGGAGAUAUUGGUCAAUGAAUUGGAAGACUAUAAUAGAGCAUCGAUAUAUUGUUCCGAAUUAUAUUUGGAAGAUAAUAAAAAGGGACAAGAGAUAUUACACAAGUUGUUAGAGAUGUAUUUGAAACCUUAUAAUGGUGCAGAUGAUAUCAUGAAUAUUGGCGAUGAAACUGAUAAGAUCAAUAUGAAGAAAAGAAAAGUAAAUUUAAAAGAAGGAUUGAACUUGUUGAACUGUCAGGGAUCCCGAAUGUCAUCCAUAAAGAUAUUGAAAAUGUUGCCAGACGAGUUGUCUAUCGAGGAACUCAAACAGUUUUUGAAGUCGCAGUUGAGGAUAAUCAACUACAAGAUCAACGAAAGCCGGGUCUUGGGAUCGUUGUCAAAGGUGGAGCUUGUGAAGAACCAAGAGAACUUACUCAAGUUGCGGUCGUCCUCUGUGGUAAUCAACGAAAACAGCACCUGUGAGGUAUGUCUCAAAAAGCUCUCGCACAGUGUGCUAGCUGCGUUUCCUGACAACGUUGUGACGCACUACGGGUGUGCCAGAAUAUACAAGGAGAUGGUGCAGGAAAAGAAACGACAGAAGAACAAGCACGCCAGCUAUAUCCGCAGCAUGAGACGCUAGAAUAGACACCACAAGCACCAGCUGUAUGUAGUAACUGAAAUGCUAAUAUCCAGAGCAAUGGAUUUCGUUAUUCAUGCACAAUCCGCAGGGCGCAUGCGUGA